AUGACGGCACUACAGCUAGAUGUAGUCGAGGGUCAGUGCAUUCUGAUGGCGGCACUACUGCGAGAUGUAGUCGAGGGUCAGAGCAUUCUGAUGACGGCACUACUGCGAGAUGUAGUCGAGGGUCAGAGCAUUCUGAUGACGGCACUACUGCGAGAUGUAGUCGAGGGUCAGAGCAUUCUGAUGGCGGCACUACUGCGAGAUGUAGUCGAGGGUCAGAGCAUUCUGAUGGCGGCACUACUACGAGAUGUUGUCGAGGGUCAGAGCAUUCUGAUGACGGCACUACUGCGAGAUGUAGUCGAGGGUCAGAACAUUCUGAUGAUGGCACUACUGCGAGAUGUAGUCGAGGGUCAGAGCAUUCUCAUGGCGGCACUAUUGCGAGAUGUAGUCGAGGGUCAGAGCAUUCUGUUGACGGCACUACUGCGAGAUGUAGUCGAGGGUCAGAGUGUUCUGAUGACAGCACUACUGCAAGAUGUAGUCGAGGGUCAGAGCAUUCUGAUGACGGCACUACUGCGAGAUGUAGUCGAGGGUCAGAGCAUUCUGAUGACGGCACUACUGCGAGAUGUAGUCGAGGGUCAGAGCAUUCUGAUGACGGCACUACUGCGAGAUGUAGUCGAGGAUUAG